CAUUGUAAUGGACACCAGGUCUGAAAGGGUUAAGAGCUCAGCGGGGAUGAAAACCAGCCGGACCUGUUUAUUCCGGAAGUACGUGUUGCUAUGCGGUUGCUAUGUUGAAAUGCCAACCCUGUGAAGACUUCCCUUUCCGCGCUUAUUGUUAUAAUUAUUAUUAUUAUUACUGUGACGACAGCGGCCGUAAACAGCCAGAGCUGAGGACUCGGUCUCCUGUAAAGUAAGGAUGUCUCUUCCGAAUUUCCCAAUUCCGAACCUCGACACCACUCUGCAGGAAGCUGGGCGGGUGCUGGGGCUGAUCCUGCCCCUGGAGGAGUUCCACAGAUACCAGAGCGCCCUCCGGAGGCAGGAGGCCGAACUGCAGGAGAUCCACGUCCGAUUCACAGCCCGGGCGACCGGCCGGGAAAACUGGUGGACGGAGGAGUUCAAAAACUGCCUCCUGUCCAUCCGGGACCCCAUCCCCACCUCCACCGCCCUCCCCGUGCUCCUGCAGCCCUCCGCGGUCCAGGGGACCCCCCAACUGGAGGGGGGACCCCAGCUAGCCCGGGCCGCUGCCCUGCUCUGGGCCACGGCCAAGAUCCACAGCGACCCCCGGCUUCUAGAAGGAGACGCAGCGCUGGAGCAGACCCAGAGAUCAGAGCUGUUCUCAGCGUGCAGAGAGCCGGGAGAGACCAGGGAUCAGAUCAAGAUCUACCCUGACAGUCUGCACGCAGCCCUGCUCUAUCGAGGCUCUGCGUUCCCCCUGCAGCUCCUGUCCCAGGCUGAGGACCCCCUCCCGCUCCCCCAGAUCCACAGCCAGCUGCUGGGUGCCGUGAGGACCCCUCCCGGGGCGUCCCUGCCGCUGCCUGCUUCCCCGUGCAGCCUGACUGCCCUGGAGAGACCUGUCUGGCACGCUCUGCGAGAGGACCUGCUGUCCCGGGGGGCGGGGGGGUCCCUGAGGACCCUGGAGAGCGCUGUGCUGGCGCUGGCGCUGGAGGACUGUCCCUCCCCGGACCCCCGGGACCCCGCGGCCGCGCUGACGAGCAUCCGACUGGGGAGCCCCGAGACGAGAGGCAUGAGGCACUACGACAAGGUGUUGAAUCUGGUUGUGUUCUCUGAUGGUUCAGCGGGGCUCCUGUUUGAACACAGUGCGGUGGACGGCAUGGUGGCCGGGCUGCUGGCUCAGGCGGUGUGGAGCCUCUCCGAGGAGGAACUCCGAAAACAACCCCCCCCUCCAGAAACGACCGCCCCCCUCCCCCUGGUCCAGCCCCUGGAGUUCUCCCUGGAAGCCCCGCCCAGCCCCCGCGCCGCCCCCCCCUCCACUCGCACCUCCUGCUUCGAGUACCGCCCCGCGUCGGACGUCCUGCCUGUGCUGAGGGGGUCCAGGGGGCUGCUGGACGCCUGGAUCACCUUCUCACUGCAGCUGGGACUGAAGCGAGCCUUCAGCGAGGAGGAGGAGGGGAGCGGGGCCUUCCUCAUGGUCACCCCCACCCACGUGAGGCACUUCAAACACGGGCGCUGUAACCCCACCUACAGCCUGAGCCGGGGGUCCCUGGAUCUGCUGGGGGCCCUUCUCUCGAAGGAGGAGGAGGAGGAGGGGGAGGAGGAGGAGACUCGGCUGCUCUCUCUCUUCUCUCGGGCCCUCGCGGAGCACAGGAGCCUCAUCAAAGCCACCAAGAAGGGCCGCGGGGUGGGGCCCCACUUAGCAGCCUUGCGACACAGCCUGGGGGAGGGCAGCGAGCUGAAGGGGUUCCUGGACCGAUUCGGACGCCCCUCGGUCUACCUGACGGGACAGGACUUGGUGGGAGGCGUGGACCGCGCCGUGGGGAACGUCUACGCUCAAGACCAGCUGGCGGUCACCUACCUGGGAAAGGAAGACAAGGUCUGCCUGGCCAUGUCUGGAAAAGGAAGCUUUGCCCACAAACUGGGGGGCAUCCAGGGGGGUUUUAGGGGCACCAUGGACGUGGUGGUGAAGCUGGCGUUGAAGUACGCCCUGGCGAGCCAGAGGGGGGCGCUGGAGGCCCGGUUGGGGGCGCAGGGGUCUGAGAGAGGAGACGGAGAGAGGCUGGGGGGCCAAGCCAGCGUCGACCCGCGAGAAACGCCUAACAACGCAGGAGGGGAUGUUUUGAAGCAUAAGAUUUCUUAACUGGUUUGCUUCCGAUGAUUCUACUGUACUGACAAACGGGCGUUUUUAUUUGAUACAUUGAAUAUAUUUUCGACAAACAACCCCCCCCCCCCCACCCCACCCCACCCCACCCCCCCACAGCGUGGCGUUUUUUUCGCGUACAGCUUCGAAAGCCUGAAGGAGAGGAAAAAAAGCUGAAAACUGGCAAGAAUCUGGGAUGAACUUCUUGAGUUUUUUAGCUCAGGGACCCCAAAUUAAGUUAAAGGGUGCACAAGGACCUUUUGAUUUGAUUGCAUGUUUAAGUAAAGGUGUGUGUAAUUGUUUUAAUUAUUAUUAUUUUUCCAUUUUGACCACUUUUUGCUCAUUUUUUUAAUUGCAUUCCCUGCUUCAAAAUGGCUUCCCACGUCGGACCUCUCAGAACUACAUUUCCCAUCAUCCUCCUGCUCGCUGGUAUCACAUGUACCCGCAUCGGACCCCUCAGAACUACAUUUCCCAUCAUCCUCCUGCUCGCUGGUAUCACAUGUACCCGCAUCGGACCUCUCAGGACUACAUUUCCCAUCAUCCUCCUGCUCGCUGGUAUCACAUGUACCCGCAUCGGACCUCUCAGAACUACAUUUCCCAUCAUCCUCCUGCUCGCUGGUAUCACAUGUACCCGCAUCGGACCUCUCAGAACUACAUUUCCCAUCAUCCUCCUGCUCGCAUGUGUAACCGAGCUGGAGGAGGAUGAUGGGAAACGUAGUUCUGAGAGGUCUAAUAGAAUUCGCUGGAUCACCAUGUUUGUCACUUAUCACGAUUAUAACACAUUUAUUUUGGGGAAAAAAAUAAAGAUCUAUAAAUGACGGCCA